AUGAGGCGGGAGGCGACGAAGGAGGAGAUGAGGUGGGAGGCGGCGAAGGAGUGGAGGAGGGAGGCGAGGAAGGGGGUGGUGAAGGUGACCGCGGUGGCAAGGGAGGUGCUAAAGGAGGAUGAGGAGGAGGUGGUGGAGGAGGAGAGGGCGAGGGACAGAGAGGAGGAGAGGGAAAGGAGGGAGUUUGUGGUGCACGUGCCGCUGUUAGACAAGAAGGAGAUUGAGAGGAGGGUGCUAGAGAAGAAGAAGAAGGAUCUGUUAAGUAGGUACACGAGUGAGGGGCUCGUGGAGAAGCAGACUGAGGCCAAGGACAUGCUCAACAUUCAGCGUUAG